GAAAUCAGUCUAAAAAGGGUAUUAAUUGGCCAGAGAAGUUUACUAGCCUUUUUAGACCUAUUUCUACGAUUUAUUCAGCCUGCAAAAGGAGUCUGAUGGAGACUACCCCAAAACUGACCUGAACACAGUCUGUAUAAACUGUUCAUUCCCACUGGACUAUACAUUGACACAAAUGACAAAUCAGGGGAAAAAACUACAAAAUAUACACCUGUAUUAAUGUAGCCAGCAGGCCUAUUGAGUCAAAAUAACUCAAUUACACCAAUUCGACAACCACGGUUAGACCACAACAGUGACAAAGCCAACCUGUGAACUUUGACCGUCUGGCCUUAUAAGGAGUGUGUUACAGGUGCAUUCAGGUGUAACGGAUCAAACACAGGAAUUCGGCAUAUUGAUGUGAGAGUUUUGAAACUGAGUGGACAGCAAAGUGUUAGUUUGCAACAUGUCUACACAAGGUGUCAGGAGAUAUUUUAUCCUCGUAAAGAACAAGGUGAGCUCAGACUGGAAGGACCUGGCUUGGUGUCUGGGGUUUGAGACACCAGACAUAGAAAACAUUGAAGACAAACGGCGGGAUGACAAGUCUCGCUGUAUGGAGCUACUGCAGGAAUGGCACAAGCGGAAGGGAAACGCGGCCACCAUACAUUUGCUGAUGGAGGCACUACAAGAGGCAGAGCUACAACAUGUAGUGGACAGUCUGAAGGAUAGAUAUCCUGAGAUAAAUGAAAACCCAAGGUCACCCGCAAGAAGUUCCGUACCCCUAGCAGACCUUCCUGUACAUCUAUACUUGGGUGCAGUGCAGCAAGAAACUGCUACAAAAGCACAGACUGGGGACAUCGAUGCCAGGGUCUCAGAACGGCUGCUGGAACUGGAGAGAACACUAUUCACUGAAGAUGUACUAAAAGACCGCAGGCGUUACAACAAAACACGAGAAAUUUUCCUGUCGCACAAAGCUUUGUUGAAGGACUCUUUCCCAGGAUCGAUCCUCCUCCUCCUGACGUUCCUGCGCCAGACUGAUGUGGACAGGUUCUACCACAACCACUACAGGGUGGGGGAGGGAACCCUGUCUCAACAACUCUCACACAUCCUCAUCUCAGACGACCUACAGGACAAGGUCAAGGGCGCCCAGCUGAUCGUGAGGCUCCAGGUGAAGCAUGAAGACUAUGUGCGAGUACGAGCCAGGCUGGGGCGAGGACUGGACCAUACCACUUCUGUCGACAACCUGCUGGCCCUGCCACCCCGCUGCAGACACGUGGACCAUUCCAGCCUGAGAGGCCUGGACCUGGCUGUGAUUGGUCGAGAAGACCGAGACCUGGCUGUGAUUGGUCAAGAGAACCGGCCCUACAUAGAUGGGACUGAUGACAUCACCGUGCCGUACAGACAAGUACAGUCAGCCGUACGAGCAACUAGAGAGAAAUCCAAACAAGAGGUGAAAGAUCAGUUUGAGACCAAGCUGGGGCAGGUGAAAAAAGAGGUAAAGAUGCUGAAAGAGAAAAAUGAGAAAGCUGAGAAAAUCCUCCUGGAACAUAAGGCAGAAAUGCAGAAGCUUCAAGAGACCAAUGAGUACAUGAAGAAGCUUCUGACUAUCAAGCAACCAGUUGUGAGAGAAAGUCAGCAACAAGACCCAGUAAAAACCAUGUCAGGACAACAUUCUAUGGAUAAACCCACAGCUGCAAUAGAUACAGGACAAGUCAAACUGUCAGUGGUUAAGUCUAAAAGGUAUGUUAAAGGUGCCAAUGUCAGAUUUGGAGGAAGGGGAUCAGGUAGGGGGAAAUUUAACUGUCCUAUAGGAGUAGCUGUUUCACAAGACAAUAAGGUUUACAUUGCUGAUCGGUAUAACAGCAGAAUCCAGGUGUGCACAAUUGCAAUGAAUGGUGUUUACAUUAGACAGUUCACAACAACUCUGCCUGGGGAAACUAGUGGAGAGUUAGAACCACAUGAUGUUGCUGUAGAUAGAAAUGACAACCAGUGGGUGGUGGGUGAUGAUCAUGUAGUGCAGUAUUCCAGGGAAGGUAGCUGUUUGGUCAACAUAGAUCUGCUACAAAGGCCUACCGGUAUUACUAGUAUGUUCCCCCGUGGCAUAACUGUAGCUAUGGCAACAGAACAGGUGAUUGUUACAGAGUGUGAUGGGCAGAAUGGUCAACUUCGAGUCUUUAACCAAGAUGGUUCUGAGGUAGGGACAUAUGGGGCAGGACAUAAGUCACCAGAGCCUUGGUGGCCAGGAUAUGUCACUGUGGAUGGGGAAGGGAACAUUCUGGUCACUGACUACAGAAAUCACUGUGUCCAUGUCUUGGACAGAGAGGGGAACUUCAAGUUCAAGUUUGGGACUAAGGGAUCUGAUAAAAGUCAGCUGAAAAAUCCCAGAGGCAUUUGUGCUGAUGGGAUGGGAAACAUCAUUGUGGCCGACAAAGGAAAUCAUUGUGUGAAAAAGUUUGACAGUCAGGGCAGAUUUCUGUGUUACAUUGGAAGUGGUAUGAAGGGUCCUCAGGCUGUUACUGUGUCACCAGGUGGAGAUGUGGUGGUGACUGAUGUUGAGGAUCACAUGGUGUCAGUCUGGACCCAGGGUUAGUGCUGUACCAUGCAGAGGGAAGAUCAUUCACAGCUUGAGUUGCCGUGCAAAAUCUUUGCGUUCAUUGGGUUAUUCGCAGUGUCCAUCAUUGAUGCAGUGUCCAAAUUGAUGCUGCUCAUUCCAGACAGAAACUCAACACGUCAUGUGUGUUGUGAAAUUUUGCUUGUUGUGCAAGUCAUUACAAUUUGGAGGAUAUCAAAUAAAAAUUUGAAAUAUUUUUUUCUUGUAUGACUGGUUUUUAAGCAAACAUACUACAUACGGAAGUAUGAUGACACUAGAAUAUACCCCCAA